UCUUGGUGAAAUAUGUCCAGGGUUUUUCAGCUAGAGCUGGAUUUCACCCUGGAAGCUACCAAGCUCUCCUGCACUUGAAUUUUCAACUUGAUUAAUCAGCUGGAGCCGUUUUGCGUAGGUAACAGGGACUUAGAGGGAAUUGUCUAGCAAGGUCUGAGGUAGGCACUGGAGCGCAAUUGUUUUAUUCUGCGGACGCUCACCAACAUUCCAAAGUGACGUAUAAAUCAGUUGCCUUGAGAGGAGCGCCAGACCCCUGGCUCUCCGGCGCCGAGAAGCCGGCGCGAGAUGAGAGACCCCAGAGCAUUCAUCAAAGCAGAAUCAGAAGCAACAGAACUGGAACCAGGAAAUUCAUAGCUUUUUGUUUUUGUCUCUAUCAAUUUGACAUCAUACAUGGCUACUGAUGGCAGUGAUCUUGUUACCUUGCGUCAGAAGCAGAGAAAGAAAACUAAAGGUUUUUUCACCAUGAGUCGGAGGAGGAUAUCAUGUAAAGACCUGGGGCACGCUGACUGCCAAGGGUGGCUAUGUAAGAAAAAGGAAAAAGGAACUUUCCUAGGCAACAAAUGGAAAAAGUUCUGGGUGGUCCUGAAGGGAUCAUCACUGUACUGGUACAGCAAUCAAAUGUCAGAGAAAGCUGAUGGAUUUAUCAACCUGCCUGAUUUCACGGUAGAGAGAGCAUCUGAAUGCAAGAAAAAGCAUGCUUUUAAGAUCAGCCAUCCACAGAUCAAGACCUUUUAUUUUGCAGCUGAGAAUGUGCAGGAAAUGAACCUGUGGUUAAACAAAUUUGGAUCAGCUGUAAUCCAUCUUGAAUCCACUAAAAGGGAUGAAGAAUGCUACAGUGAGAGUGAACAGGAAGAUCCCGAAAUAGCUGUCGAGACACGACCCCCUCAUUACUCUGCGGGGACUUUCUCUCCUUUGGCUGCCCAGCGGGCAUCUUCGUCUUCACCCAAAUUGAAUGAAACAUCGCGUUCUUUCUCUUCCAUGGAAAACAUAAAAAAGACACCCAGCAGUUUGUCUUCCCCCAUAUCUAGAGAAAGACAGUCCUGGAUAGACGUGGUUGACAGCCCGUCUGCCGCUGAAGACGUGGGACAGUCUGUGACAUGCGCUGUGCAGACCCGCUCACCUGCACCCUCGGAGGCAAACGGUCGCAGGGCCCUGGACACCAGCUUCGCCAUAUCAGAAAGUGGAGUUUUGAACUCUUUAUCCAGUGAUGACACUUCUUCAUUGAGUAGCAACCUAGAUCAUCUUACUGUCCCAGACAAGCCGGCUGGAUCAGAGAUGACGGAUAGAGAAGAGACAAGAGUGUCUGAAGAUGAUGAAAUGGAGAAGCUCUACAAAUCGUUAGAGCAAGCUAGUCUAUCUCCUCUUGGGGACCGGCGACCUUCAACCAAAAAGGAGUUGAGAAAGUCCUUUGUCAAGCGGUGCAAAAAUCCAUCCAUAAAUGAGAAGCUCCACAAAAUCCGAACUUUGAAUAGCACGUUAAAGUGUAAAGAACAUGACCUGGCCAUGAUUAACCAGCUGCUGGAUGAUCCGAAGCUGACAGCCAGAAAAUACAGGGAGUGGAAGGUGACGAACGCCCUGCUCAUCCAGGAUAUCUACCAGCAGCAGCAGCAGCAGGGGACCCCGACGUCUACCCCCGAGCGCUCCCUCCAGGGACUCGAGAAACCACCUUCCACUGCCUGCUUUGAAAAUUCUGUUUGAGAACGAGCCAGGAUGCUCUCCCCCCUCUCUUACCCCAAAGCAACUCUUCAAGAUGUUGUAGUAGCUUAACAUUUUUCCUUGUAAAGGAAAACUGAAAGCCAGUUCCUGGAAGCACCGGCUCCUCCUCUAGGGAUGCAACUGGGGUGAAGACAAACACUGAUGCUGCAUCGCCCGGUUUCAGUGCUUCCAUCCCAGCUGGAGGGGCGGAGUCCAGCUGAGCACAUGGUCUCUGUGUUCCUUCUGGGAGGCCCCGGCCAUGCUAAGUUCUAGGUGGGAUGUGGGAACUGUCAUCUCUGUUCGUUGCCCUCAAGAGAAGGACACCAUUCCAUGGACAAAAGAUCCCUUUGUACCAGGGACACUUAUUCAUAGACAUACUCUGUUUUCCAGAAGAA